GGCAGGCUGGCGGGGUCCGGGCUGCGGCGGCGGCCAGCGGGGGUCCUGCGGGCCGUGGGCCCGGGGCUCCCGAGUGCGCCCCGGCAGGCAGGCAGGCAGGCAGGCCGGCAGGCAGCCGACGGGGCGCAGGCAGUGGGCCGGCCCUCCCGUCGGGGGCGGGCCGGGCGGGGCGCGCGUCCUUCCCGGUAGCUCUGCGGCUUGCGUGCUCUGCCCGCGUUUCCCCUUUCGUUUGGACCCACUUCCCCGUCGGUGCAAGGACGGGGCGAGACGAGGUGCGCCCAGACCCUUGCAGCCUUGCAGGUUUCCGGAGCGCGCAGUAUUGGAGGCGCCGUGGGCUCUGGCGUGAGGCGCCCUCCCUUGCCCAUUUCGGGAGCUGCUGAGCGCUCCGGAAGGAGAAAAAUGGGGUCAGGAGAGGCCCGCGCGAUGGAAGCGUUGGAUUGAUUUCCUUCGAAGUGUUGUCUUUUCAAACAUCUCGUCCCCUUCUCGGCACUCCCUGCUGCCUACUUUUGGCUUGGGUUUCCCGGAUCUUCAGGGUCUGGCGGUGCAGGCCAAGGGUGGGCCAGAGGCGGAGCUGACCUGGAAACCUCCCCUUGGCCACUGUCCUUUCUAAGGAGCUCACCUUCCAGAGCCCGCCCGCCCAGAACUGGCAGGGGACCCUCUUAGGAGCAGAGAAAAUGGCGAUCUUCAGGCAGCUGUCCCUGCGUGCAAAGGCUGCCCUGGCCGCCGGCACUGUCUUCGUGUCCAUGAUUGUGUCCCGCUCGUGUCUGGCGGGGAGCCUUGAGCUCCGGGCCUGGCGUUGGCUGUUCCGCCUGCAGCUCGCCCUGUUUGCCAACUCGCUCAUGCUCAUUGGCUCCCUCUACAUCUGGCGGAGCACAGUCGGCAACCUCAGCCACUGCCCGGGCGCCGAGUCCGCCUGUUUCCAGCUCUGGAAGAUGGCGGUUGUGGCGUUUCUGGCCCUGGCCCCUUCCAGCUUCUUCACCAUGCUCUUUUUAGUGGCCGAGGAGCCCUAUCUCUUCUCCUUGGCAGCCUACUCCUGCCUCGGGGCGUGCAUCAUCAUGGUCUUCUUCCUCUGCACCCUCAGUGGCAUGGAGCAGGCCUAUCAGCUCGUGGCCUGGCGCGGCGGCAGGGUCGUGGGCGGCCUCGACAAGACAAGGAGGGUGGCGGUCAGGCCGGCCCUGGCGGUGGCAGUGACCGCUGCGCUCAGUGUGGCUGGGCUUCUGAACGCCGCCCAGCCCCCGGCCGUGAAGACCGCGCAGGUGCCCGUCCGCCGGCUGCCUCCCUCGAUGGACGGCCUCAAGAUCGCGCUCCUCUCCGACAUGCACUUGGGCCCCGCCGUGGGCAGGACCAAGAUGGAGAUGUUCGUGCGGAUGGUGAACGUGCUGCAGCCAGACGUCACAGUGAUCGUGGGGGACCUCUGUGAGUCGGAAGCCUCCACCCUGCGGACGGCGGUCGCUCCUCUGGACCAGCCUCGCUCGCGCCUCGGCGCCUACUUCGUCACGGGGAAUCGCGGGUACUACACGUCGGACGUCAGCAACUGGUUCGCGCUGCUGGAAUCCCUGAACGUCAGGCCCCUUCACAACGAGAACGUGAGGGUUUCCGCCACGGGGGCCCAACCCGGGGGCGCUGAGGACGACGACUGGAUCUGCUUGGCCGGGGUGGAUGACAUCGAGGCGGACAUCCUGCGCUACUACGGCCACGGCGUGGACCUGGUCAAGGCCCUGGGGGGCUGCCGCCCGGACCGCCCCACCAUCUUGCUGGCUCACCAGCCCCUGGCUGCCAAGAGAGCCCUGCAGGCUCGGCCGGAUAUUAGCCUCAUUCUUUCUGGGCACACGCAUGCCGGGCAGAUCUUCCCCUUGAACGUGGCAGCCUAUCUCCUGAACCCCUUCUUCGCCGGCCUCUACCAGGUGGCCCAGACCACGUUUGUGUACGUCAGCCCGGGCACCGCCUACUAUGGGAUCCCCAUGACACUGGGCACCAGGGCAGAGGUUACCGAGCUCAUCCUGCAGCGGGCUCCUUGAACCUGGCCCUGCCCUGUGCGCCCCUUCAGGGUCCUCGCCCUUCACCCUCCGU